UCCAUAAUCCUAGCAACCUUGUCAUGGCAACCAAAACUGUUUACUUGACUUCCGGCCGCAAACUUCACUUCUCAUUGACAAAAGCCGAACAUUGAAACAAACUGAUUUCGAAAACUCCUAAAGAAAUUUUAAAUCUGCACAGAGCAAAAAUGCUGAACUUUGUGUAUCCGGAGGAGAUGUACCUCUUCGUGGAGAGCAUUCGUCCGUUCGAGGUGCGCGAAGUGGGGAGCCCCAAGUGGCUGGAAGUGCACGAGAUGAUCAUUAAGCUGAGCCAGCAGGCCUCCUUGGAGCUGGCCGAGAAGCGCGGGGAGGAGGUCAAGGAGUUCCUCAUCUCGCGCGACAAGCUGCGUCUGCUGAUCCACGAGGCCUAUUGCGUGACCCUCUGGAAGACCCGGGUUCUGCCGCAUCUCCUAGAGAUCGAUCCCAAUCCGCAGGCCACGUUCCUCAUCUACACGGUGCUCUAUCACGAGGCUGCUUUGGUGGCUCUCCUGGACGUGUGCCUCUACCAUCCCAGUGGCUGUGAGACGCUUCAGGAAUCGGUGCUGGAUUUAAUUGAUUACUGCGCCCAGGCGGUUUCCCAGGUGAUUGGCCUGGUUAGCAUGGGUUAUCAUGAGAACGAGUCCAAGUUGGAUGUGGAUGAGGCGGUGCUCACGGAGCUGGAACGCCAGAAACGUGACUUUAUCUAUAAGAUCGGACUGCGCUGCAUCUCCGUACUGAAUUAUCUGGCUGAUAAUGUGGGUUUGUUUCAUCUGAGCGCCGCACGCCGUAUGCUGGUUACCCAUGACAUCCCUUGGCUCAUGGCGGAUGUUUUGUGUUUUCGUCCCUGGCAACGGAAGACUAACAAGGGAAUGCAGAAGUUCAUAGACGAAAAGUGGACCAAUGUGGAUGACGUGGCCAAGAUUUGCAAGCCGGAGGCUCAGGCCUGGUUUUGUGUCCGCCAGCUUCUUCUAAACGCCGAGAUCAUGGAGAACUACGCCUUCAACGAGGCACGCUGCAAGCAGUUAAACAAGCUUCUCGGCUUAAUGCACGAGACUUUGAUGGACCAACUGCCGCCGCUUAUUGAACUUAAGAUGUUCCUCAGCCGCUUGACACUCAGCGGCAAUACGGCCAAGUCGCAGACUCUCCUGCUGGAGGACAUUCCGCAGAUCCAGGAGGAGCUGAUAAAGGAUGUGGAGGAAAGCGGCGGCUUCUACCAGAUAGCCCAGGAUCAGGACUCGGUGUUCCUGAGCAAGAACAAGGAUGAUAUCUGUGCUAUGGCCAGUCGCCUGAGCAAAGCCUAUGGCACGGAUCUGCUCUGCGAACUGGAGCAGAACAUGGAGGAUCUCAAGGUGGAUGAGCCAAAGGAUGCCGGAGCGGGUGGCGAUGGAGGAGGAGAGCAGCAUAGCUGUGCCACCUGCCAGGAGAAGGCCAAAAAGAAGUGCGCCGGCUGCAAGCAAGUGCACUACUGCUCUCGGUGGGUUCGAUUCUACAACCUUAUAAGCUAAUUUCAAAAAUAAUUAAUACCUUUCUGUAUUU